AGCCGUCCCAAAUUAAAGUCCCAAGUCUUCUAUCAGUUAUCAAUCCUAAAUUCUAACUACUAAGUCGCCUCCCCCUCCCAAAGUCCCAAGUCCUCCGUCGUCCCUCCCUCCUGCCUCCCUCCGCCGGAUUUCAAUUGGAACUCUCUUCGCACAAGUCCCUGGCCGCCGUUCGAAGUCUGUCACCGUUCGAAGUCCCUGGCCGCAGUUCAAUCGAUUUUAGACAAUUCCGGUGAAAAAUUGUUUGCUCAGGUUCAAUCGAGUUCGAAGUCUGCCGUCGUUGCUGCUUCCACCACAGUUCACCGCCGUUGCUGCUUCCACCACAGUUAACCGAAGUCAAUCGAGCAGUUGAUCCCUCGGGCAGUGGCGUGAGAAGAUAUUAAGUUUGGAUUAAUGACUAAGGAUUCUGGCAGUGGUGGUGGUUCUGGAACUCCUAGGCUCAGACGCCGUAAGCUGUCUAAUGAGAUACCUGCUGAAAUCACUAAACAAAAUGGGGGCAGUUUACUUGUUAAUGAUCAUAACAAGUACAAAUCUAUGUGGAUCCACACGCAUUCUACGCUUUGGAUGAUUGGGGGUUUUGUCUUCAUCAUCUACAUGGGUCAUCUUUAUAUUUGUGCCAUGGUGGUUGUGAUUCAAAUUCUGAUGUCAAAGGAACUGUUCAAUCUAUUACGGAAGGUUCGAGAAGAUCGAGAUCUUCCUGGUUUUCGGCUAUUAAAUUGGAUUGAGAUGGCUAUAAUCUUUCGCAGACGCAGAAGUCGGUCAAGCUCCCCCCAUCGUCGUAAAAGCCGUUCACCUGUAAGGCGUCGUAAGAGCCGUUUUCCAACAACACGGCAUUACAGGACAAAGAAAAGUAGAAGUUCGUCUCGCUCUUCUCCAAGUAAGUCCCGCAGUCCAACUGUUGCAUCAGCUGAGCGCAAGGAAGCCAAAAAGAAACAGAAAAAGGAAGAAGAAAAGAAAAGGGAUUCCGCACAAGCUGGUGAUUCAUUUGUCAUCUGAAUGUUUUUGAAGUCUGGGUUGCUUGAACUCUGGUGAACCUGUUACGCAAGUGAAUGACAAAAAAUGAUUGGAACGAGGACAGACCUAAGCUAGCUAUACUUAAUUAUUUUGUUAAUGUAAACAUUGUAAACCAAUGACACAUAUAUUUUAUUGUAUUUAUUAAGUUCUGGAAUGCUUCUCAUGUUUCUUGAUCCCAUGUACUCAAUGGAGCGUAGGGAAGAAGAGGGGAAGAAUUAUUUGAGACAUGCGUAAAAGUUGGAGCUCUGCUUUAUUGUUUUGUUGAUGUAAACCAAUAAAUCAUAGAUUUCGUUACAGUUGAUACAUUUCUUGGCUGCUCAUGUAUUCAGUUGUGAUUUUUUGGCUCCUGUUAUAAGAUGGAAUUUUUGUUUUGUUUUCUCGUCUUUUGUAGACCUGUU